CGAGUGAGUGUAGUUUAGAAGGAAGUGAAGUAUGUAGACAAAUAGGCCCCUCUUCAUUCUGAGGAGACUGUAAUUGCAGCACUAAAGGAGGGAGAUUUCAUUCAGUUGGUGUAGCGAUGAGAUGAGGUGAGGACUCUGUUACAGCGUCAAUGUCAGGAGCAACAGAAAUGGAGGACUUCAUCUAAGAAAAGGAAGGCGCUAAUGAUGCAGGCAAAGCUUUUUAAUAAGCAACGGUGAAUGUUCUCAAGCUUGGGGUUCGACUGGGGAGACUAAAAUUUUAAGUAAAAUGGAAUCGUCUCAACCCAACAAACGGACGCGCAGUGACCACGGACAGAAGUUUGAAGUAUUUCUCAGUCACAGUGGGAAGCAGAAAAAUUUUGUUAGGCAGCUCUACAGAGAUCUCACAAACCAAGGUCUUUUGUGCUUCUUUGAUGAAGAUCGUGAAAGUUUGCCACUGGGUGAAGAUUUCCCAUCUCGUAUAUUUGAAGCCGCGGAAACGUGCAGACUAGCAGUUUUGCUCCUUUCUAAGGAAUUCUUGCAAUCGAGGUGGCCAAUGCUCGAACUCUCUACUCUCGUGAAAGUUACAGACAAAAAUCCCAAUUUCAAAAUUGUACCCGUAUUCUUUAUGAUUACACCCGAGGCUCUUAAGCAGAUUACGGCAGACAACGAAAACUGGAAAGAGUUUGGGAUAUCCGAGGCAACUCGGGUCGAAUGGCACGAUGCUUUGAAAAAAAUACGCCAAAAAAAUGGGCUGAAGUUCAGUGAAGGUGGCAAUGAAGUUGAGUUCAGAGAUAAAAUAAUGAAAGAAAUCUGGAGCAAACAUCCAACAGCCUCACCAAGGUAUCAUGUCCCUUGUAUGCAAGGCCAGCUCCGAAUGUGUAAGGAGGUUGAAGAUUUCUUCAAAAAUAAAGUUCAACCGAAUGAAAAGGGAAUCAGGAUUGCAGGAUUGUAUGGAAUAGCGGGCCAAGGGAAAAGCACACUUGGCAAGGCUUUCUGCAACCACAAAUUGAAUGAUUUUGAAGGUAAGGUAUGCCAUCUGGAAUUUUCGAGAGGCGAUUCAUUCGAAAGAACAAAACUUGCCCUGCGGUAUCUUGUUCACUGCCCACCAUCGCAUCUCCAAGACUUGACAAAAGACCAGGCACAAGUUGAGUUGCAUAAGAGAAUGAAGGGCCAAAGGGUAUUGUUGGUUCUCGACGCUAUCACAGAAGAAAGCAAAGAGGAAGUGAGAGAUUUUGUUAAGGCAGACUUCAGAGAAAACAGCUUCAUCCUUUUGUGCGCACGAAGCGUAGAUGUUCUAGUAAAGUAUUACAAAGUUCACUCGCGGUCAUGCAUGCACGUCCCAAGCCUUGACAAGGACGACGCCGUAGCCAUCUUGUUGGAAAGCACAUCUCUAGAAGAAUCAAAGUUGGGCGCAAAGAACAAAGCUUUGGCUUUGAAGUGUGCAAAAAGAGGUUCUUUGAAAGAGCUCAGUUGUGACACUGUUCGGAGAGGCGGAACAUUUCAUCCGUUAGCCUUAAAAGCUUUUGGCAGCCACCUCUUUGGGAAAUACAGUUCGAAUUUGUCAAAAUGGGUUGCUGAGAUAGAUGACUUGGUAGACCCAUCCGGUUAUGGUUUGGAUACUGUGUUCAAUUUGCUGGAUAAAGCUUUUCAUGACAUGGGUCCCAAAUACCGCACCAUUUUCAUGCUUCUCACCAUAUAUGGACCGCUCAAUGUUUCUCCGCACAAUGUAAUUGAGUGGCUUGCAAUAAGUUGCAACGAGGAGAUCGAGUUUAUUGAAAAAGCAGUUGAGGAUCUAUGUAAGAAGGCUUUUAUUGAAGAAUUUGAACAUGAAAUUCGCAUACAUGACCUAUAUUUUGAGUUUGCUCAAUGCAAAGCAAAAGAAAUGGGAAGAUGGCUGUGGUGGAAAGGCGACGGACGUAGUACACGCGGGUUAAUUUCACGAGACAAGGCAGGGUUUGAAUUAGUUAAGUUGGAGCGAUGCAUGUAUCGAAUUCCGUCCCAGAUUGCCCCUAAGUUUCUUAAAAAUCUAUUGGUGCUUCAGCUUGUAGGUGUGCCGAAUAUGAGGAAGCUCGACUUGGGUGGGAUGGACAAUCUAAGAAGCGUCACAUUACACGAUUGCAAAGGCCUGGCAGCACUUGAUGGGAUGGAAAACUUGUUAAACCUGGCGUGGCUUCAGAUAAAAGGCGUAGAUCAAAUGUUAAAGCUUCCCAAGCUAAGCAGCCUCCUUGGGUUACAACAUCUUGAGAUUGACAUUUCAGUCAGCCAGGUACUCAAUCAGCUUGGAGAUUUUACCGCUUGUUUUCAUCUCAGAGAUAUUAAUGUUCGCUGUCCAUCCCUGUUGGAGUUCCCAAUGUUAUAUGGUUUGCCGUAUUUGGAGAAAGUGGAAUUUAGUAUGUGUGAUAAAGUGAAGGGGCCUCUGGAUUGUACAGAAUGCGUGGAGCUUCAAAGUAUUGUCCUCGUCGGUUGCUGCCAGAUGGCUGCCUCACCCCUCCUUGGUGGAUGCAAGAAACUAUCCAAAAUUGUUUUGUCCGAAUGCAAUGCAGUGACGGCAUGUCCAUAUAUGGACGUACCAAGUGCUUUAAAAUCACUGGAGUUGCAGAUUUCAUCAAUAACUGGUUCGGUGCUCAAAAGUUUAGAGUCUUGUUACGGGCUGGAAAAUCUUCAACUAUGGAAUAUGGGGAAACUAGAAGAGCUUCCGAGUUUCAAAAGUCUAUCAAACUUGACUGUGCUCAAAAUUGGCAAAUGUGGUAUAAGGGAUCCACCAGAUCUUACAUGUUGUGACAUGCUGGAGGAUGUUUACUUAUUCACACUAAAAAACUUAACAAAGUUUCCCAACUUCACAUUACUGAGGAAGUUGAAGAGAUUAAGUUUAUAUAAUUGCAGUCGGGUUCGAGGUCCUCCUGAUAUUAGUGGCUGUCAUCAAUUAAAGUUUUUUCAUCUGCUCUACAACGAUAAUAUGAAAGGACUUCCAAAGAUGGAUGAGUGCACACAAUUAGAAGAAAUCAAAGUGAGCUGGCAUUGUGAGGAUGAGGUCAGGUAUGAGGGAAUUGAUCCCGACAAUUGUGAAGUCGAUGACGAUCUUCAGUCUUGUCUUGAUUGCUUCAAAGACGUGAUCGUGGAAAACUUAAAUGAUGUAUCUGUCCCAAUAGAAUUGAAGCAGUGGAUGCAGGGUAAGACGAUGCUGGCGAAGAAGUAUUUCCGUGGAGUGAAGCUCUAUUACUCUGUCACAGUUCCCUAUGAAUCCAACGAAAGCACUAAGUGUUACCGCAAAAAUCCUAUUACGGUCACGUCGGUACAGAGCAAAGUGUUGGUUCUCCCAACGCUGGACAGAGUUAAUGAAGAUUAUGGUUGGUUAAAUAGAGUGCGAGAGUAUAUUGCUGGACGGGAGAUUGCUCGUGCAAGUGCCGUCUCGGGGAAGAAAGUGCGAACCGGUCUCUCAGUUGCACCCUCACCAAGGUAUCUUUUCAAAAUGUGGAAAACUACAGUUGCCAAUGCUUUCAACGCUUUUGAUUUUCUGAAUUUUGAUCUGCGGUAUUUUGAUCGGAAUGUACGCCAUCCGAAAUUUCAUGGAGGCGAUGCAUUGGGCAGACAAAAACUUGCCCUGCAGUAUCUCAUUCAAUUCCGUAAUCUGCAACUCGAAUGGGCAAGCAGGGAAAACAAGGCUCUAUAUUUCUUCAAUACAACAGUGGAGGGCCAAAAGGUAUUGUUGGUUCUGGACAAUAUCACAGAAAAUAGCAUAGACGAAAUGAGAUAUUAUGUUGGAGCAGAGUUGGGAGAAAACAGCAGGAUCCUUUUGAGUGCACGAAGUGUAGAUGUUCUAAAGAAUUUCAAUAUCAAGAGUCUUCAAGAGGAAGUGGCCAUAGUUAUAUCGAUAGAUGGUUUGACAAAUGGGGCCGGUGUGUUGUCAAAGUGGGCUGCUAAGGUAGAUGGUUUGACAGAUGGAGGUGGUGAUCAUCCUUUGAAAGAUGAUUUGGAGGAUCGACUUGGUGAUCAUUUGGAUGAGGUGUUUGCUGUUCUGGAUAUUGCUUUUCAAAAUUUUGCCCCCCUCAGUCCCUUCCGUACGUACCUUUACUGUCUAGUGAAAUGGUUUUCAGAAAGAGAUUUGGUCGAUGAAGUGUUUGUUGGGCUCUGCUGGCUAGCAAUUAAGUGUCGAAGGGAAAUAAAAAGCUCGUCUUUCCCGAUAGGGGUUAAGGGAAAAUGGUCUCCAACCUAUGAAGAUGUUGAGGUGGCAGCAAUAAAGUUUCAGAGAGAGAUUAAGUAUAUCAAAGCAAAAAUGUCCUCCGACAGAGUUGUUAAGUGGCUAGCAAUAAAUUGCAGGAAAGCGAUCAAGGAAAAGGUUGAAGAAAUGAAACAUAAAUCUUCCAUAAAGGAGUUACUCCAAAUUAUAAAAGACAACUACAAUGAAAUGGCGUGCAAGACUGUGGAAGCCAUCUCUCACCUCGUUAAACUCUCACCAAGGUAUCAUGUCCCUUGUAUGCAAGGAGAAACACGCAUGUGCCAGAAGAUUGUAGAUCUCUUCAAUACUAAUGUUCAUCCUAACGAAAAGGGAAUCAGCAUUUUAGGAUUAUAUGGAAUGCCGGGCCUGGGUAAAACGACACUUGCCAAGGCUUUCUGCAAUGCUUAUUUGUGGUAUUUUUCUGGCAAAGUAUGCUUGCUGCAAUUUUGUGGAGGAAACGCAUUGGACAGAGGAAAGCAUGCCUUGCGGUAUCUCACUCAAUUCCCUACGUGGAAACUCGAAUCAAUAAAAAGCAAAGACAAUACACAUUAUAUAUUCAAUACACUUGUGAAGGGCCAAGAAGUAUUGUUGGUUCUGGACAAUAUCACGGAAGAUAGUAUAGACGAAGUGAGACAUUAUCUUGGAGCAGAGUUGGGAAGAAAAAGCUGUAUCCUUUUGAUUUCACGAAGCUUAGAUGUUCUAAAGAAUUUCAAAAUUGACUCACACUCAUGCAUGCGUGCCCCAAGUCUGGAACAGGAAGAGGCCAUAGCAAUCUUGUUACAAAAAAUGUACCUAAAGGACCCAGCGUUAGGGGCAGAGGAGAGAAGUCAUGUCUCGAAGUGUGCAAACAUGUGUUAUUUCAAAGGGGACACCAAUUCUGCUCCAACAUUUCAUCCCUUAGCUUUGAAUGUUUUUGGCGGACACUUGUUCAAUAAACACGGUUGCCUUUUGUCAAAAUGGGUUGAUGAGAUAGAUGGCUUCGCAAAUGGAGCUCGUAAUGAUUUGGAUGGCAUGUUUGUUGUGGUGGAAAAAGCUUUUGAUGAUAUGGAUCCCAGAUGCCGCAGCAUAUUCAUGCUUCUCACUAGACACACGCCACACAAUAUGUGUUACGACAAAUUUGUUGAGUGGAUAGCACUCAAUUGCAACGAAGAGAUCUCGUAUAUCAAGGAAGCAGUAGAGGGCUUACGUAGAAAUGCUUUUCUUGAAGAAAUUCGACCUCAAAUUUUUAUACAUGACUACAUCAAAGAGUUCGCUCAAACAAAAUAUAAUAAUUACUGCGAUGAGGGUGAAUCGAAGUUCGGGGAUGAAAUUGUGAGAGCCAUCUCUCGCCUACUUCCACAAAGGUAUCAUGUCCCUGCUAUGCAAGGAGAAGCACGCAUUUGCCAGGAGGUAGUAGAUUUCUUCAACACUGUUCAUCCAAACGAAAAGGGAAUUCGCAUUGCAGGGUUAUAUGGAGUGCCGGGCUUGGGAAAAACUACACUUGCCAAGGCCUUUUGCAAUUUCAAUGUCGCGAAUUUUAAUGGCAACGUAUAUCACGUGGAGUUUGCUCCUGGAGGCCAUUCAAUGGACAGACAAAAUUUGAAAUUGUUAACGAAGAGUUUACAGGGCCAAAGAGUAUUGGUGGUUCUGGACAAUAUCCAAACCGAAGCAAGCAUAGAGUAUGUGAAAUAUUUUCUUCAGGCAGACUUGGGUGAAAACAGUUGGAUCCUUUUAAGCGCACGAAAGAUAAAUGUUCUAAAGAAUUUCAAAAAUGUACAACCAUGCAUGCGCAUUCCAGGCCUUGAAGCGGGAGAGGCGAUAGCCAUCUUGUUGGAAAGGACCUCUCUAAUGGAGCCAGCGUUGGAUGCAAACAACAGAGGUUUUGCCAUGCGGUGUGCAAACAGAUGUUCAUUUAAGGAGACCAGUUUCCACAUUGUUAGGGGGGCUCACACAUUUCAUCCCUUAGGCUUGAAAACUUAUGGCCGAUACCUCUUCAGUAAAUACGGUUCCAAUUUGUCAAGAUGGGUUCUCGAGUUACAUGGUUUGGAUUGCAUGUUCACUGCGCUGGACAAAGCUUUUGACUUUAUGUAUCCUAAAUACCAGACCAUAUUUAUGCUUCUCACUGUAUAUAUGCCGCCUAAUUUGCCUGCCCACAAAGUUACUCAGUGGCUUGCAGUAAAUUGCAAGGAAGAGAUCAAUUUUAUUGAGAAGGCAGUUGAGGAUCUAUGGAAGAAGGCUUUCAUUGAAGAAAUUAAACCUGAAAUUCGCAUACAUUAUCUGUACAUGGAUUUCGCUAAAAUCAAAAUAAAAAAGACGGGAAGAUGGCUGCAUUCAGAAGCUAAAGGAGGGUUGUUUACAGAAGACGAAGGGGGGUUUGAAUUGGCAAAGCUAGAGGAUUGCCACCUUCAAGAUCUGUCCCAGAUCGGCGAUAGGUACGUUAAAAAUCUAAGGGCUCUUCAGGUUGCGCGAAAUGAGUCGAGGGACCUUAGAUUGAGUUCCAUGAAAAAUAUAAGGAGCCUCACUUUACACAAUUGCAAACAUCUGGAAGUCCUUCGAGGAAUGGAAAAUUUGCAAUCCCUGGCGUGGCUUCAGAUAGUAAACGUACCAAACAUAAAAGUCUUGAAUUUAAGCAGCCUCACUGCCUUACAAUAUCUUGAGAUAAACAUCGACAGGCUCACUGAGAUGGGACAUCUUAACGGUUGUCUUUCUCUGACAGAAAUUUAUGUUGGUUGUCCAUCCCUUUCGGAGUUCCCAAGGAUAAUCGGUUUGCCAAAUUUGGAGAAAGCGAUGUUUAAAGCGUGUGAGAAAGUGAACGGGCCACUCGACUGUAGAGCAUGUGUAAAGCUUCAAAGUAUUGCCUUGGAGAAUUGCUGGCAGAUGGCUCAGAUUCCGUUGAUCGCCGGUUGUUCCAGCCUAUCCAGAAUUGUUCUCAACCGAUGUGACCGAGUGACGGAAUGUUCAGAUGAAGAUGAAUCGGGUGCUUUAGAGAUAGUAAAGUUGUGCAUUUCAUCAGAAGAGGCUUCGGCGCCAAGGCAUUCAGAAUGUUGUGAUGGACUGAAGAACAAUCCCUUAUGGAAUAUCGUGGUAUCGAGGGAUGUUCCGAAUUUGAGACGUUUUACAAAUUUGACCGUGCUCAGACUAUGCAAUUGUGACAUAUGUGAACCACCGGAUGUUGCAUGUUGUAGGAUGUUGGAGGUUGUUUGUUUUUCCACAUUGACAGAUUUAGAAAGCUUUCCGAAUUUCUCAUCACUAAGAAAGUUGAAGAGAUUAUGUUUAUAUAAUUGCAAGAGGGUUCGAGCUCCGCCCGAUAUCGGGGGAUGUUACUCAUUACAGGUAUUCCAUCUACUCUACAACGAUAAUAUGAGAGGUCUUCCAAAGCUGGAUUGUUGCCAAGCAUUAGAGAGAAUCAAACUGAGUUGGCAAUCGGAGGAGGUCCAUUAUUACUCCCACAGCUAUGAAUAUGAUGAUCUUGAAUUUUUCCCGGAAUAUCAGAAGGACGGGAUAUUCCCAAACAUAGACGAUGUGUUUAUGCCAGCGGACUUGAAGGAGUGGCAGUGGUUGGAGGGCAAAAAGGUACGAGUGCAGCAGUAUUUCUGCGGAGAGAAGGUGUAUUAUUCUAUCACAGCACCGUGUGAAUCGUCCCUUGGAACCCAACCACAGAAGCAAGCUUCUAUUGUUGACUCUCUUGAGCAAGUUAUCAUUCAGAGGGCUAGAGCUGUGCCCGGCGAGGAUGACCUAAGAUUUAGAGAACAUGUUAUGAGAGCCAUCGGUCGCCUAAUUCCACCGAGAAUAAGGUUUCCCUACUCUUCCAUGCAGAAUGCAACAACACGCAUUUGGCUGGAAAAAGCAUCAGCCAUCAAGGGCAUCCACGUUGGAGGAUUGUACGAGGGAGGAGGCAAUGGGAUAAUCACACUUAGCAGGUCUUUCUAUAACUUCAGCUCGAAGGGAUUUGAGAAUGAAGUUUCAACUCUUGAAUUUUCAAAUGGGCGCAAUUCAAUAGAAAGGUUAAAUAAUGCACUCCAGUAUCUCACCUGUUCGCCAAGCUUGGAAAUGACACCACCCACAAGUGAAAUCACGGAACAAGGUGUGUACUCCAAAGGUCCAGAGUUCAUUCUUAUGAUACUGUUAAUUAGGUACCCAAUACCCAAUAAAUUCAUGAAUGAUAAUUUGAUGCACAUAUCUAGAGAUUUCCAUAGAUAUUGGAGAGGAAGGACUCGCAUCAUUGUCCACUCAGAGAGGUAUACAAUUAUAGAGUUAUCGAGACCCUAAAGCCUCAAAGGUUCAAUGUGAUUCAUCAAACAUUGAACAAUAUGCAUUGCAAAUAACAACUUCAUGACCAAAUUCAAUUUGGUACUUAUGGAACAAAUUUAAAAUUAUGAUAUUAAAAAUAAACAUUAGGUUGAGAGAGUGGAAUUGGGAUCAAUCACACGAUAAUUCCAUUGGCCAAGCCAACUCUCUUACCCAAGUUAAAUUUGAAGAAAUUAUUGAGAGAUAAGAUUUGUAUUAGUUAAAAAAUACAUAAUAAAUAAAUUA